GGAAUGAUUGGCCUUUGGUCGAGCUUUGACCACGAGAAAAAAUCAAAACCAGGAAAAAACGGAGAAAAAGAAAAAGAAAAGAAGAGAGAGAGAGAGAGAGAGAACGUAAAAUCAAGGGAAUUUGUUGUGCUUGCUUGAAUUUUUCUUUUUGGGUUUCAUAAUUUUUUGUUUGUGUUUCAAAAUUCCUUCUCUCUCACUCUGUUCAACGCGGAGGAGAGAGAAGGCUUUUGAGUUUGUAAUUCUCUUCUGCAUGUGAACCGGGUUUUAAAAUUAUUAUUUUUUUGUUGAGAAAUUUUGAGCUCUUUUUUCUUUUUUUCUGUUGUGUGUGUGUGUGGUUUGGGGAUUGAAAGCGAAAUUAGGGUUCGGGUUUUGGGGAGACAGAAAAGAUGAAUAUGAUGCGUCGGUUAAAGAGCAUUGCCUCUGGUCGCACUUCUAUAUCCUCUGAUCCUGGCGGUGACUCCUUGACAAAAAGAGUGAAAGUUGAUCAAGAAACAGAGCAGAAGAUCGAUGGUGAGGUAUAUUCAGAUGAGAGAAAUGCCACGGGUUUGGAGCAGCAUAUGGCUUCUACAUCAUUGGAAAAUCCUGCGAGCACAUCCAACUCAGCUUCUGUGGUCAAAACAGAAAAAUCAGGAUUUGAUCAACUUCCCAAAGAAAUGCAUGAAAUGAGGAUCAAGGAUGACAAAACCACCAGCCAUGAUGAAAAGGACAUGGAGGCUGCCAUUGUGAGUGGUACUGGAACAGAAACUGGUCAUAUAAUUGCAACUACAUUGGGUGGUCGGAAUGGACAACCAAAACAGACAAUCUCAUUUAUGGCAGAGCGUGUGGUUGGCACAGGAUCAUUUGGCGUUGUCUAUCAGGCUAAGUGCUUAGAAACCGGUGAAGCAGUUGCAAUAAAGAAGGUGCUUCAGGAUAGGAGAUACAAGAAUAGAGAACUUCAGAUCAUGCGCUUACUCGGCCAUCCAAAUGUUGUUGAACUGAAGCAUUGUUUCAUCUCAACUACUGAAAAAGAUGAAUUGUAUCUUAACCUUGUGCUGGAGUAUAUACCUGAGACUGUCUACCGAGUGUCUAGGCACUAUAACAAGAUGAAUCACCAACAUAUGCCUAUUAUCUAUGUGCAACUGUAUGCAUAUCAGAUAUGCCGUGGUCUAAGUUACUUGCAUCAUGUGGUUGGUGUGUGUCAUCGCGAUAUCAAGCCACAGAACUUACUGGUCAAUCCCCAAACACAUGAGCUAAAAAUUUGUGAUUUUGGAAGCGCAAAGAUGCUGGUGCCAGGUGAACCCAAUAUAUCUUAUAUUUGCUCACGAUAUUAUAGGGCACCAGAGCUCAUAUUUGGGGCUACUACAUACACAAAUGCUAUAGAUAUGUGGUCUGCUGGUUGUGUUUUGGCUGAACUUCUUCUCGGUCAGCCACUGUUUCCUGGGGAAAGUGGUGUUGAUCAGCUGGUGGAAAUUAUUAAGGUAUUGGGAACGCCAACCAGAGAAGAAAUUAAGUGCAUGAAUCCAAAUUACACAGAAUUUAAGUUUCCUCAGAUUAAAGCUCACCCUUGGCACAAGUUAUUUCACAAGCGAAUGCCCCCAGAGGCAGUGGAUCUUGUAUCAAGGCUGCUGCAGUAUUCACCUAAUCUACGUUGCACUGCUCUGGAGGCAUGUGCUCACCCGUUCUUCGAUGAUUUAAGAGACCCCAAUGCAUGCUUGCCUAAUGGACGGGCACUCCCUCCCUUGUUCAAUUUUACAGCUCAAGAGCUGGCUGGUGCAUCUGCUGAACUACGACAACGGCUCAUUCCAGAGCAUGCAAGAAAAGAAGAUUAUUGAAUCUGAAAAGUUGAAAUCUGUAGAGGUUGCAACAUGAGUUUUUGUAUGCUUAGACACCGAAGCACGCCAUUCUGCCUGCACCAUAUCUUGAGGCUCGAGCAUUUUUCGACCUUCACUUGGGUGGUUAAGUAUAGAUAAUAGAGAGUUUUGACACAUCAUUGGCUGGUGGAUAGAGAUGUCCAUAAGACAUCGUGAUGUAGCUGCAGAUUGUAGUAUCCAGUUGUGGAUGGGGUUGCAUGGCAAUGAAGUUCCAACUUCUGAGAUUUGAUUUAUUUAGAAUAUGGUGUGUUAUAGGCCUCCGAGGAGUGUAAGAUGAGUCACGAUUACGUUUACCAUGCUUCUCAAAAAUAGUGUAUGGGCAUUCCUUAAGGAUAACAGCUAAUUAGAUCAUUUAGAUGAAUCAGGAUGUCUUUGUACAUCUUCCCCGUGUCCAUUUUUUCUUUUCUAAUUUUUAUUUUGGUUGUAUAUUGAAAUUCAAAUGACUGGGUUCCAUGCCGUUUUUCUAA